UGGAAACUCACACCAAGGUACGUUCUUUUUGAAUUGAUUUCAUUUUUGAAUCGAAUGUGUCGCAUUCACUUCACUGAAUCAAAGCUUAGAAUCUCUGUGAGGCAAGGAAGCACAAUCGAAGGCUUGCAGGAAUUUUCAGAUCAAGUCAAGAAAAUGUCGAACCCAAAGGUUUUCCUUGACAUACUGAUAGGAAAGAUGAAAGCAGGAAGAGUAGUAAUGGAACUAUUUGCUGACAUCACUCCCAAGACUGUCGAGAAUUUCCGUGCCCUCUGCACUGGGGAGAAAGGGAUUGGUAUAUCAGGGAAGCCAUUACACUAUAAGGGAUCCGCAUUCCACCGCAUUAUCCCCAGCUUCAUGUGUCAAGGCGGAGAUUUCACAAAUGGUAAUGGGACUGGUGGUGAAUCGAUCUAUGGGGCGAAAUUUGCGGAUGAGAACUUCAGGGUGAAGCAUACAGGGCCCGGUGUUCUAUCAAUGGCAAAUGCCGGACCCAACACUAAUGGGUCCCAAUUCUUUAUCUGUACUGAGAAGACAACAUGGCUUGAUGGCAAACAUGUGGUGUUUGGGAAGGUUGUGGAUGGAUACAGUGUGGUGAAGGAGAUGGAGAAGGUGGGUUCGGGUAGUGGGAAGACUUCGGCAACGGUUGUGAUUGAAGAUUGUGGUCAGAUAACAGAGAAUUGAUGACUGGGGAACUGAUGGAAGCUGAAGUUGUGAAGGAGAAUGAAAAUGUUGGUAGACAAAGAAGAUAAAUUGGGUUGUCAUUCAUUAGAGCCUUUUUUGACGGCUACUUACUAGUAAUGUCUCUGAAUAAUUGUACAACCCACAGACAGUGUUUGCAGGUAAUGUAAUUUAGAAUUCACUUGUUAAUGAGUAUUACAGUCUCUUAUUGCUAAA